CCGACUGAAGAGGAGAGCGAUGGGUAGCAACAACAACAGCGGCGGCACAGACGACUGACACUAGCCGGCAUUUCCCCUCAGGAACCGUCGCCCGAAUGUAUUUGUGAAGUCAGUCUCCGCUGAGCUGAACUUCUGAAUGUCCGUCUUAUGUCGGUGAAAAUGACACCGAGAUGACUCACCAGUGGCUUGGACAUCUGUGAAUUGACAGAAGAUGAGACUUGCUCAGUUUGUCGCACUUGUCAUUGCUUGUAAUGAUUGCUACUGUAUGCUCACAAGCCACACUCGCAUGGACAACAAACUAUAGUGAGCCAUGUUUGCUGCUUUUUGCACAUUACGCUUGCUAAAAACAUUAACCACAUAAUUUAUCAUUUAGUUUGUUUUGAAUGGCUCUCAGUUGAUAACCAGUGCUGAUGAUGUCACUCGGCGAGCAGUCUCAAAAGUGGUUUCCAACCCAUGUCCAAGCCACUGUUCUUCAAGCAACCAGUUUACAGCCCAAGGGCAAACAUGGCACCAAUGAUGCCUACACCAUCAUCCAGCUGGGCAAAGAGAAGUACUCAACAUCGGUGGGAGAGAAGACCCUUAACCCUGUCUGGAAAGAGGAAGCCUCGUUCGAAUUACCUGGUUUACUUUUGGAGGGUAACCCAGAAGUAUAUGAACUCUGCCUUAUCGUGAUGCAUCGGUCCCUGGUUGGGAUGGACAAGUUCCUGGGUCAGAGGUCCAUCAACCUUAAUGACAUUUUUGACAACAAGCAACGGAAGAAAACUGACUGGUACUCCUUGGAGUCCAAGCCGGGGAAGAAGAAGAAAGACCGAGGCCUUAUCCAAGUGAGCAUCCAGUUCAUGAGGAACAACAUGACGGCCAGCAUGUUUGACCUCUCCAUGAAGGAGAAGCCCCGCUCCCCCUUUUCCAAGCUCAAGGACAAAAUGAAAGGUCGCAAACAUGACGGCGGCUUCAGUGACGCAUCUUCUGCCAUCCUGCCGCGCUCUGCCAUGUGCGAUUCGGAACAGUCCUCUGCCCAAGAACCACAACCCAAGCCUGAAGCCAAGGCCAAGAGGCCGCUACUCGCCGGGGCACAUAAACUCUCUGCAGCCCAUUCCAUGUCGGAUCUCAUUGGGACCCACUUUCGGCCAAAACUGGAUUCUAUGAACUCCAUAGAAGAGAGUGGCGGCCCUCACAGGCGUUCCCAGAGCGAGGUGCCAGGCUACCAGGAUGGAGAGGCACACAGUGACCCUUUCACUGAUAUCAGUGACACCCUGCCACAGAAGUAUGCCACGCUCCCACGCAACCGCAACCCGUUUGAGGGGGAGCACGGGCAGCUGUGGGACCGGGCGGAGCGGAAGGAGAAAAAGGAGAAGGUCAGCCUACUGGAACGCGUGACGGGAAAGAAGGAAGGCCGCAAGACCAACAACGGGGGGCGUUCGGGCAGCUCUGGGGACCUGCGUUCCCCCAACCCCUUCAGUGGAGACUCGCAAGCAGACACUAACCCGUUCGUCUCCAACUACAAAACCAGUGAUAAAAAGUCAAGAGGAAAUGAAGACCUCACAUUUGGCCAGAAGAAAAAGGACAUCUAUGGCAAGAAACCGCAGGCGAAAAAGGAAAGCGUUCUCGCCUACAGCAAUCUGUCCUUCGAAGAAGUCGUGCAGGAACUCAUCAAGCAGAAGGAAGUGGUGAAAAAGAAAGACGCCCACAUUAGGGAGCUGGAGGACUACAUCGACAACCUACUGGUGCGCGUCAUGGAGGAGACGCCGAGCAUUCUACGGACACCCUAUGAGCCGAAAAAGAAGGCGGGUAAACUUAGCAAAAAGUAGAAAGAAAAGAUGCUGGAUGAAACAAGUUUCUAAUGAAGGUUUAGCUGUAGCUCAUGCAUCAAUGUCAUGUGGUUAAAACAGUGGGAAGGAAUGGGAUUGAUCAAAGCCAAAUUAAUACUUGAUUUAUGUCUUUGCUUUUAGAACAAUUUUAUUCAAUGGAUGUAGUUUUUGUAUACUUUUUUCAAUGCGUUGGGUAUUUCAGUACAUGCAGGUAUUUUGCCCUCUUUGUUUGGCAUCUUUAGGUACUUAAACAGGAUCAGCGGAAAUGAUCAAUUGAUUCAAGUCAAAGCAAAUCCCAAAUUUGAUAUUGAGUGUAUGCACUUGUGAACCCACAGAAGUCUGUUGCACACACACAGCUGCCACCAGCAGCUUUUAACGUGCAAAUGCAGCCAAAUUCAUGUUAACCAGAUGGUGUAGUCAUGGUUGUGCACGGUUUGCUGAAAGACGGCCACAUGAUUGAUAAGACGAAGCUACAGUUACUGUGUUUACACUUAAGCUAAAGUCUCAAACUUGCCACCUAAGUUACGAAACACAUUUAUCGGAGGCAGCAUCAGCUUUGCUGCGAGCGUCCUCUGCGCUACAGAUGUGGGAGAGGGUUGCAGUGAGAAGUUGCUGGGCAGUAUCUGGGAGUCUGGUUUCUCUCUAGUUUACUGAGUCAUACAUUUUUUUUUCUUUUUCAAAUGAACAAAUGUAUAUUGCUGUUACUGACUUUUCAUUCUUUGCUUUAUUUGUGAUGACUAUCAUUGACUGCCAAGUUUUUUUGGACCAAGUGUCUCGCAGUCACUCGCUGAAGGUGAUCACUGAUUACUGACUUUUUAAGUGCAAUAAUCACAUCUUGAGUAUCUUGCUUUAUAUUCUGUUUUUGUUUACAUUUUAAUCACAUCUCUGAGUGGAACUCAUCUCUUUUAAUGUUGAUUUGAUCACUGGAAAAAGCCUGGAGUUCUGUGUUUCAGCCUCCAUGGAUUGACCGGCCUUCAUCUCCGUCAAAGACGGUUUUUGCUGAAGAUUGUAUUAAUGGUACCUAGCUGCACUUGUGGAUAUAUGCUGAACAAUCUUUAUUUCUAAAUGUUUCAAAGCUCAUUUACAUAUGAACACUGUUUUAAUGUAUUUGUAAGGUACUUUAUGGUAAAAGCGCUACUUUAUCCCAAUACCCGCCACCCUUUCUACUGUAUUGAGACGGUACAAUUGGUACAAAUCACAGAAAUCGUCUUCAUUCAUAAGUAUUCACAUAUUAAGUUCAUACUGAUACAGUUUUUAUGUGUAUUUUCCAUCAGCAUUAAUAUCUGUUUACACAAAUGAAUUGUGUAUCGUGCCUCAGUAUAUUUCAGCUGUUUUUUCUUUCUUCAUAUUAUCAAAACAAUCCAAGUUCUAACAUUCAUAUACAGUAAGAUAAAAGUGUCCCACAAGUUUACUGAGUACGAAUGAUGAUCCGUUCAUAAUUGUUCGAGGUAAACAGCCACUGGCUGUCACUGAGGUCACAAAUAACAGUUUGAAGCCCCGUGUCAGAAGCUAACUGUCCUCAUUUCACAGUGUUUAUGUCAUCGCACGUGUCGCCUCGAUCUGUGAUGCUCAUGUCAUAACAACAUAUGUUGUUUCCAUGUUGAACUCCUUAAUUCUGUGAAUUUAUCAAUUUCUACUGAACAAAUGCCGAGUGAGCUACUGAGCAGCUGUCGGAUCGCUCUGCUGGCAGGAACAUGAACUUAAUGAAUACUCAAGGGUUCAUCUCAAGAGAGAGGCCUCAUUUUAAUCACCUGUGCUUAAGCUAGAUGAUCAUUAGUAAAAUAAUCACUUGAUGAUGUUUAGGUUUACAUUUUUAAUAGCUCCACGUACAGUGUUAAAACACACUUUGUAUUAUAGAACCUUUACUCACAGUCACAUGCCAUUUUCGAUGAUCUGUUUAUCAGAUGCUAAAUCACUUUGUCAUUUUGCUGGUAUUGUUUCUGGUAUUUGUAUCCUGUCUUUUACACUAUCUGACCUUUAAACUGUAUGAUACCAAAUCACAGCUGAGUGCUACGCUGAUCUAUGGAAUGUCGAUGGUCAAAAACACUUGUUAAUUUCAGUUUUUCUUGAAUGUUACACCACUCAAACACAGUUUGUCAUGUACUAAUUUAUUUCUGCUGCUGUAAAAGUUGUUGCUUUAUCUGAAGGUAUGCGAUCUCUUUUUGGAAUUGAAGCCCAAAUAUCUUGUUACUGAAUGUAUUCUGGUUGGCUUUGAAAUACAUAAUUCUGCAAUGUGUAAUGAUAUACAGUACACUGACGAGGCCAUUCAACCUUGCUUGCCUUUAAAGUAUUUGGUGUAUCCAAAGAGAUCAUUUCAUAUGGUUGGUUGUCGUCGUCGUCCCCCCCGACAUCAUCAUCAUCAUUAUUGACAAGAAGUUAUUGUCUGUAUGUACGGUUUUGUGCGAUGAUGUGACACAGAUGUUUGGUAAAUUCCUUUGUAUUGGAGAACGGAUAUUUGAUCGCAUAUAUUUUCUAAAGCCAAACGCAUUUUAAUCCAUUCAUAAAAUGAUGAGUAUUACGCGAUACUAAUUAAGAUAUGUGGAUAAGAAUCUGUUCUCCUCACUGAUUGCCUUCCUACAUGUGCUGAAGUGCAAACUCUGUCUCCUCAUGUAAUAGGCUUUACCAGCCGCUUUAACUAGUCUGUAGUUGUAGUUUAGCCAGUUGUUCAUGGACCUCGCCCAGCUCUUAAUACUUCCAAUGUAAAUACUGUAUAGUCACUUUGAUAUCACUUCACCUCCCUUUUGACUUUUUGCACAUUGUUGUUGUGCUGCAAAACGUUUGAACAUGUGCUUCCUGGGGUUUUAUUCUGUAUGAGAUUUCAAACGUGUAAAACGGAAGGAAAAUAAUUCACCACCCAUCUUUUGAUUUGAGCUAAACUCACCUGAUUUUUAUUAGUUUAUUUUGCUUCUUUAGACAUUUUCUCUUGCUAGCACAGCAAAGAUGGUGGUGCUGUUAGUGUAGGCCGUGUUGUGCAUCAAAUAGUAACACUCAGAGUAUAGAACAGGUGAUUUACACUCAGGUCUACAUUUUGCCCCUAAGCGAUGCUCAAAUGAUGAAAUAUCAAAUGAUAUGGUCUUAACAAAUAAAUGUUGAACACAUUUGGACCCUGAGGUUAUUUAGUUCAAAUGAAAAGCUACGGGUGCGUAGUUUAAAUUAAUUAAUUUUGCCUGUCAUUUCUUUUCUUUCAGCUUGAUUGCUACGUUUGCUUUAUGCUUUGAUAUAAUUUAGUGCUUUGGAAGAUGUCAGACUUAAACGCAAAUCUAAAUGAAAAGCAUUUUCAAAUCGUUUACUAGCGCAGAAGAAAAAAAACUGCGUCAUUAUUAUAUAUUUGUUUUGCCUCUUUGCAUAAUAUUUGUCAUAUAAUUAAUGAGAGUAUUUGAAUAUGCAAAGCACUCAAAAUGCUCUGAGGCAAAAUUUCCUAUACAAUUUGGCCAUGGCCUGUGUCGUAAUCAAAAUUUACACAGAUUGUUUUGCUCAUGCUUUAAAGUCUGUUUUGUAAGUGUUUAAGGUGAAUGUCUGCCCUCCUCCAAAAGAAAACGUACAAACAUAUGGGGAUUUUUUUCCCGUGUUGACGAAGCUUGCGUCGAACCUUCUGAUGAAGAUGACACAAAGCUCAAGUCGGAUCUCCCAGUCCUCCUCUGGCAGUCUUCUACUGAUAAUGUGAUGCUGCUUGCCAUAGGCCACAUACAGCUGCCAGACACUAAGACUUAAGCUCCCGCUAAAUCCCCUGACGGUGCUUGUAAUGUGGCACACAGUUUUGAAGGAAAUGAUGGCUGUGUUUAUAAAAGAUCUCGCCAGUUAGCAAAGCUUCGUUGAGUUUACAGAAUUGUAUGGAGUCUGGUGCACAGAGACGCCAAGACAAUUCAUUUUGAGUUUGGUGCCCAAACAUGGUGGAGAUCAUAAAAUGUAAUUUUGAUACUAACAUGUUGGUCUGCAGUCAAUGCCGCCUUGUAAUGUUAUAAGAUAAGAAAAAAAAAGUAAAAUGGGUGUGUUUGGAUUCUUGUCACUUCUGCAUGUCAAUCACAUGAUUCAAUUAUGUAACACUUUAUAUUGUUGCAAAAUGAUAUGGCAUUUCCCUGAUCUAGAAACCAUUGAUUUCACUCGAAUUUACAUUUUCAUUUACAUCAACCCUCAUCACGCUACCUUAUCGUGAUGUAUCCAACUACAGUGUGUAAGUUGGUCAACAAAAUGUCCUGUCAUUGGAGAUGGUAAUGAGGUUUUUUUUGGUGUGUUUAUUUUCACAUGAUAGCCAAUAUGCAAGACUUUCAUACCUGAAUGUGUAGGCACAAGAAUGUAUGGGUUUUUAUUACUGUAGUUCUUGAAACAAAUUGGGGCUCUAGAAGAAGUAUCUAUUUACAGUAUAAUACUGGCAAUGAUUACUUCAUUCAUGAGAAUUUGGUGAUGCAUUCUUAAGAUUUACACAUUCUCAUCGUACGACAGUUUCAAACAUUAACUCUUAUCACCCUCAUUUUGAUCAAAUGCCAAUGUCCUUUUCAAUAA